AUCUGAAUCAGCUGUGUAGUGUUAGGGCAAAAAACUAAACUAGCACCGAGUUUGUGGAAACGCUGCCCUAACCUUAACAAAAACCCUUACCUAACCUAUUUUACGUUUCAACUUCAAUGGGGUGGGGGGUAAGGACAUCCCAAGGAUUCCGGAUAGCAAGGACCCUGCGGUGACGUAAUGAAAAAGCUACCAGAGGUGCGUUCAGUUCGCUUGAACGUUUGCUACGUUGCAGAACAGUUUGUACUGAACGACACGUUUUCCCCAAAACGUUAUUGUACGUUCUUGAACAGACUAAAGGGCUACGUUUGCUGCCGUUCGGUGGUGUGGCGACUGGCCAUGCCGACAGCGUUCCCCAACCCCUCCCCGUUUUUCAACCGGUCUUUUAGGACAGCACCGUUUCAGUUCAAUUGAACUUUCCAGAACGUAAAAACGUAAUGAACACAGCCCUUGAUUCUCUUGACAGCAGCUGAACAAUUUGGAAACUUUCCCGAACUAACUUCCAAGAAUAAAGAAAAAUUACUAAAAGUGGGCCCACGUAGUUAUUUUCGCUUUUAAAAGCGUGUGUAGGUGUUCAAAUGUGGAAUUAUUGAUGGAUUCGCGGUAUGAGAUCCAGCGGAGGGCCGGUGGGGGAUCGGCGAAUGCUUCCCCGGCUCUGGGGGCACAGUCUCGCCGCAGGAAGAUGCCGCCCAGACCCGCCGAUUAUAAACUUCAGAUCAUUAUCAUCGGCUCCCGUGGAGUAGGCAAAACCAGUCUAAUGGAAAGAUUUACCGACGACACCUUCUGCGAAGCAUGCAAAUCAACCGUUGGAGUAGAUUUUAAGAUCAAGACGGUGGAGCUGAGAGGGAAGAAGAUCAGGUUGCAGAUCUGGGAUACAGCUGGUCAGGAGAGAUUCAACAGUAUUACUUCGGCCUACUACCGUGGGGCCAAGGGAAUAGUCCUGGUCUAUGAUAUCACCAAGCAGGAAACCUUCGAUGACCUACCCAAAUGGAUGAAGAUGAUCGACAAGUAUGCUUCAGAAGAGGCAGAGCUGCUGUUGGUGGGGAACAAGCUGGACUGUGAGACAGACCGCAUCAUCACUAAACAGACUGCAGAGAGGUUUACAUCGAGGAUAUCUGGGAUGCGUUUCUGCGAGGCUAGUGCCAAGGACAACUUUAACGUGGAGGAGUGCUUUCUAAAACUAGUGGACGACAUUCUAGCAAAGAUGCCUCUGGAGAUUCCCAACAGGGAGCUCUCCAACAGCAUCCUGUCUCUGCAGCCUGAACCAGAAGUGCCUCCCGAGCUCAACCCGCCACGCAUGCACUGUUGCUGAGAUAACCCUCCACUAUAUCUCUCCUCUCAACCCUCCACUAUAUCUCUCCUCUCAACCCCCCCCACUACAACCCCCCCCCACUACA